AUGUCAUCAUGUCAGUUUGACAGCGCAAUUGCUGGUAAGAUUUCCGUCAUCGAGCAGGCGUGGCAAGGUUCUGGCAGUAGCAAAAGGUGUGUUCGUCGCAUUGAGCUUGCUACCAGUGGUGGAAUCAGGUGGCCAUAUCAACACAUAUCGGUUAAAACCCAUGCUGACAUGGGCUUAAUGCUGAGCCAUCAAUAUAGCUGCUCAACCCAACCUACGAGCAUCGGCGCAAGGUCAUAUGACGGUUUGGAUACUCCGUUAAGCGUCGCUGCCCGGUGGCCGAUAGCCUCGAGUGUCGCAAGGACGUUGCUUACAGCAGAUUGCUUUCAUGAGCAAUGGUUGCCGGCGCCCGAAAGCCUCCGGUAUCUCGGCGCAGAUCUAACCGGCUAUGGUCGCCCGCUGGCUCCGUAA